UGAUGCUGUUCUUAAAGGGUCAGCUGCUGGAGAUAAGUAAAUGCCAGGGAAUCUCCGUUUUUAUUUUUAAAAGUCUCUAGCCUUCCUAGUUGCAGAAAAAAACUUGGAAAUGUGACCAAGUCACAAACUAGCAGACAAAGGAGUCACAAGAUAUUUAUAUUUGUUUUUUUUUUAAUCUCCUGCUUUUUAAGUCAAUCUCAUUUUUGGAUCCCUUACCCAUAAUUUUUGAACAAUUGGGGUUAGCAAUUUGUUGCCAUUUUACUUUACCUAACUUAAGCCCUCUAUCCUGCCUUACCCAUCUGACUGUAAAAUUAUAGCUGUUGCUCUACAACUACAUCAGCCAUACGAAGAAGAAGAUCCAUCUAUCUCACACUAGUUACCACUAUAUAUAGAUGCAAAGGAGAAUUAAUAGUAGAUAAACAGUAUUUCUGGUGGUGAAACCGCAUCCAAUCCCCAUGCUGAUUAACACACACACAGUUUCUGGCCAGAUGUGUUACUAGAUUAAUUUUCUCUUUGUGGAGGGCAGCCGAUCUCAGAAGAGUAGGACAAUAUACAGCAUCCCAUGGUGUGAGUUCGGGGAUAACUCAUGCAGGUUUCAGGUAUGCGUGUGAGUGUAUGACUUUGUAUUAAACAUAGAUAAAUAACUUUUUUUUUUAUUUGUGGAAGUUAGGAAGAAAAUAUACAGAAGCAGCUCGUUCCCCAUGAAUGAAAUGUUGAAAAAUACUAAAAUAGAGCUCUCCAGAAAAGGCAGGGGAGAAAGUCACUGGACUUCAGUGUAAUAGAUGGAACCAUGUCUCUAUUAAAACCAAGAUAUCAAGGUCAAAAUGUUUCUAUCAAAUAAAAUUCUAGCUUAUAUUCUGUUUGUUUUGUAUUGCGCAAACAUUCUAUUCAUUUACAGAUUUAGUUUAAUAACUGUGGGUGUUAAAAGAACUAGAGACUGAACAAGAAAGAUUCAAAAUCUGAGAAAUGUGACAAGCCAUUUAAAAAGAAAAAUAUAUACAGUAUAAAUAGAUGGCAAUUAAAUAUUCACUGGUGGGUUUUCUUGCUGAAUAUGCAAUCUUUUUUGACAUUUAAAUCACAGGUUUUUUAAAAAAAUCUCACUAAUGCAAAAACACUGACAACAUAAGGAGUCAAGAGAUUAAGGCUUUUUGCUUUAACUUUAAUUACUUUGUCAUAAUUUCAGUUAAGGGCAAGGCACUUUAGUAGGUUAUUACAUUUCUCCUCCCAAGUGUUUCAAAAGUCAAGUACAGUUUCCUCGGACUACAUAUGUAGUAUAUGAAAUAUUUAGAUGAAAAGUUAUAGCAGAAUAGGAUGCAGAGAAUUUAUUAUAGCUGGUAUGUAGGCAUUUUAAGAAGGUGGCAGUAUUGCUCACAUAAAAUGUUGUCAAUAGAAGGUUUUUUUUGUAAGAAACCAAUUGCAAUCUAAGUGUCAGUGCUGUAUUUGCCUGAUAAAUUACAUGCAGCCUCAAAAACUCCAAAAUAAACUUGUAUGUAGUUUUGGAAGAAAGAUGAGUUCAAAAAAGACAUUGAUAAUGAAGAAAAAGAAAAACAAAAACAAAUUGCUGUGUGAUACGUUGUUGCUGUGUGUAUGUGCAACUUUCACACACAUGAUUAAUGUUAAUAACACUUUUAUUGCACCAGUUUUUUCGGUAUUUAAGUAAAAUUCAACUGCUUGAAAUUUCAGUAUUCUGGCCCAUAAUGGAUAAUAUCUGGUGACCUUACAUUAGGGCCAUUGUAAACAUUAAUGGUGAAUGCACCCCUGACCAAUGCCUGCACAAGUCCUAUGCACCACUGAAGUGCUAUUUUGUGGGCUCAAGUGGAACUGAAGCAGCCACUAGGUCUUGAGCUGAUCCUCCGCACGGGGGUGAAUUUCACCCCAAAAUUGUUUUGCAUUUAUUUUCCUGAAGCUGUAGAACACAUAUAUGAAGUAUAAUAAUAACAGAGUAAACAUAUUAAUUUAAGAAAGAUUAGGUGAGGUGUUACUUGCUCAGCAAUUAGAGUUGAACUGCUCUGAAUAUUAAAAAUGUGGAUGUGUGUGCUGUGAAUACUAGACAUCAAAUGUAAAUCAAAUCACACUGUUUCCAUUGCAUCUUGAGAUGCCUUGCUAUGAAAUUAAAAUCACUAUAAUUAUGAAAAAAAAGAUUAAAGGGCCCGAUCUGAAGCCCCGUGAAAUCAGUGGAAGUAUUUCCAUUAAUUAUAUUGGGUUUUGGAUCAGGCCCUAAACAAAACCCUCUUGAACAGUAAUCUUCUGCAAAAUCAGCCUCCCCCCCCCUUAUCCUUUAUCAACAAGAUGACUUCAGAACAGUUCUGGCUAGGACAUCAUUAGGACUGGCAUAAAACCUAAAGAGAAAAACAGAAAGGCAUUAGCAUAUCAACAUGUCUUUAUCUAAAAAGUAUCCUUCAGAGCUUGCCAAUGUUCUUAAUAAUAAACCCACACACAAAGAUAGUGCUGCACGUGCACAACCUGGCACUGUUGAUUUAUCCUAUCCAUACAACUUCAUCUCACUGACUUUCUCUUGUGUUUUCCUGGGGAUUUUGUCCUUUUCAGAAAAUGGACAAUGUCCUUAUUGAAUAUCUUGAAUCCACAAGUCUAUUUGAUAGUCACUGCGGGUUUUAUGCACAACAAUCUUUGUUAAGGAGAACACUGAUCUUUACAUGAACAAAGUGACCUUUCCUCUCACUAGCAUUGGGGGGGGGGGGGGGGGAGGGAAAGCAAGGGGAAAGGAAGGAGGGGCGAAUCCUGUACUACUCUGACACUCGGGAAUCACUGAUGCUCUUAUAAAAAGACUAAUGGAAACGGAAUGUAAAACAAAGGUGUUGACCAGUUUACACACACACAUCACAGUCGAGUACAUGUAAAUGACUGUGAGAAAGCCAAACUGAGUGGUCAAUGAAAUCAUCAGAAAAAAAAAAUCUUACUGAAAAGCCGACAUCGUCUAGUACAUACAAUACAGCAUAGUGCCUUGUAUACAGUGUAAUCCCUACAAUACAACAAAGUGCAAUGUGUAUGCGGGUUAACAUAUACAGUCAUGUUGCGUAUUGAUGGGGCUCACUGAUCACUGGAAGCAUGGUAGAACAUGGCCAAGCUAUGUUACGCUUGUAAAAAUUCAAAGAUUGCACAGUUUCUUGCUGGGUCUGCAGGCUAUUCAUGUCGACAUAUUAAGGCAGGCAAUCAGGAAUUAGCUUUCAUUUAAUUAAUGUCAAAUUGUCAACUUCAAUAUAUGUCUAUAUACUGAGAGGGACAGUGAGGAUAUGGAGAAGGGGGAGCCCUGUGAUUGCUUGCCCCCGCCCUACACACACACCUUGAAAUUCACUACACACUCAAGAGCCACUGUUAUAGAAAAGAGAAAAGGAAAUUUUCCACUAACCCAGGUCGUGAUUUACAUGCAGAGAGCAAGCGAAUGAAUAGCGGCGAGAAGCGGUGCGCGUCUUUAGCCACAGCAGCAAAUAAGAUUACUUACUUACCAGGGACGCUUUGCACCAGGGGCAAUGUUUAUUCCCUCGAUCACCCACCUCAAGUCUCUCCAGGAAAUCAAUCUCCUGCAUUGCCCCCUCCCUCUCCGCCCAAGGAGAGAGAACAAGAUAGAGAGCGAGAGGGGAAAGAUAGGAGAGAGGGCAAACGGCUACCUGGGAGCUCAUUGUCUAAUGUCCCUGUGGGUGGAUAAACCUCGAAGCACAAAACCAGGCACCUGGGAUCAGCAGACGCUCAGCUGGGAAGGGAGGCUGCUCCUUGAGGAGGAGGAGGAGGAGGAGGGGGACCCUUAGGGAAGAAGCCUGACUUAGAACAAGAGGGUCUCAGAUAAAAGGCUUGGUUAAAAAGUAGCCGUAGGGAAUGGAGGGGGGGGGGGUUAAUCUUACCCGAUCCAUACUGUAGCUAUCGCUUGUUCAACUGCAGCCUGCGCGGCAAGAGGAUACAGGAACGGCACAGUCACGCCGGGGACAGCCGCAGCAGGGCCAUUUCCCACCGCCUUUGCCGAACGCGAAAACCAAACACAGAGCAUAGCCCCCGCCCCCGUCCACUCCCAGUCCCGCAAAGUGCCACCGCAGCCCCCCCGGCCCGGGGACCCGGCGGAAUCAAGCCCAUCGCCUUGCGCGGGGGAUUCACACUCUGACUGGGGGAGCUGGAGCCGCUGCUGGGCUGCUAGUCACUUUCCCUGUCUCCAAAAGCGCCGCGCUCCCGGCGCAGCUGCUUUCUGCUCCUUCUUCCCUGUAGCAUCUUCUACGCUACGCUUGUUCCUCGAGCAAAUCACUGUAGAUUUAGUCAAUGGUUUGGUGUGGUUAGUUCCCUCCGAGCGCGUACAUACACACACACACACACACACACACACACACACCAGGGUGUUUGCUCGCGGGGGUUCAGAGGAAAGCCAAGGGAAAGGCACUGACUUACCAUUCAAGUCCUAAUAAUCAUGAACCACAGCCCAGGGUAUCUCUAGAGAAGUACAGACCAGUGCAGUAUCUCCGAGGUUGCCCCCUCUUGAAUUCUCAUUGGAUCCUCCCCAGCUCCCUAAAUCAUCCCCGCUGCUAUAUCUAUCAGGAUGACUACAGCCACGCUCACCAGUAUCUCGUUGUCUCCACCACAUCCCUGUACUUCUCUGUGCAGAUUUCUCUGUGCUCCUUCCUCUCGAGCUGGGUUGGCAGAGCCUCUCGCCUUUUUUAACCUCUAGGAAGUCUCACGGUUUAUUAUUAUUAUUUCGCUCUUUUGCCUGAGGAUCAUCACAGAACCCACUCCCUUCCCCACACCUUCUCUUCACAUAUUUGUUUCUUUUUUCUGUUUGUUUCUUUGGGGGCUUGGGUGCACUCUUUCAAUCACUUCCAUCCUUCCCCACCCCCUCCCCUCACACACACACACACACACACACACACACAAAAGUGGGUUCUUUUCCUUGGUGCUGUGCCACCAGGAACUGCUGAUUAUUUCUAAAGGGCCAUCACCAUGCAGCUCACUUUUUUAGCUUGAAACUGAAGAGCAUGGACUGUCUGCUUGGAUUCUGGCUACGUUUCGCUCACAAUCAUCUCGCUUCCUGAAAUUUCAUCUGGUGUUGAGGGAAAGCUAAGAGAAUGAAGACUCUAAGCCCACAGUGGAAGCAUGAUAUGGCGAUGCAGUGCUGGUGCUGAAUUGUUCUCUCUGAUGGCUCUAUGGGAGUGGAUAGCACUGAGUCUUCAUUGCUGGGUUUUAGCGGUUGCUGCUGUUUCGGAUCAGCAUGCCACAAGCUCCUUCGACUGGCUCCUCUCUGAUAAGGGACCCUUCCAUCGCUCACAGGAAUACACAGAUUUUGUGGACAGAAGUCGACAGGGAUUUAGCACAAGAUACAAGAUUUACAGAGAGUUUGGCCGCUGGAAAGUAAACAAUCUAGCUGUUGAAAGAAGAAAUUUCCUCGGCUCCCCACUGCCUCUCGCACCAGAAUUCUUUCGCAACAUAAGACUACUAGGACGUCGCCCAACCCUUCAGCAAAUCACAGAGAACCUUAUCAAGAAAUAUGGGACACAUUUCCUACUGUCAGCUACCUUGGGAGGAGAGGAGUCACUCACAAUUUUUGUGGACAAGCGGAAGCUGAGUAAGCGAUCAGAAGGAAAUGAUCCCAGCACCAACAGUUCUUCUGUGACUCUGGAGACUCUGCACCAACUGGCAGCCUCUUACUUCAUUGACAGGGACAGUACUCUCCGUAGACUUCACCAUAUUCAAAUUGCCUCCACUGCCAUCAAGGUAACAGAAACCCGGACUGGUCCUCUUGGCUGCAGUAACUAUGACAACCUAGAUUCUGUCAGUUCUGUUCUGGUUCAGAGUCCUGAAAAUAAGAUUCAGUUACAAGGUCUUCAGCUCAUCCUGCCUGAAUAUCUGCAGGAGCGUUUUGUGCAGGCAGCUUUGAGUUAUAUUGCCUGCAAUUCAGAGGGGGAGUUUAUCUGCAGAGAUAAUGAUUGCUGGUGUCAGUGUGGCCCCAAAUUCCCAGAGUGCAACUGUCCGUACAUGGACAUUCAAGCCAUGGAAGAAACCCUGCUUCGCAUAAGUGAAACCUGGAAUGCUUACAACAGCGAAUUUGAAGAGUCAGAUGAAUUCAAGUUCUUUAUGAAAAGGCUGCCCAUGAACUAUUUCCUCAACACGUCUACCAUAAUGCAUUUGUGGACAAUGGAUUCUAAUUUUCAGCGUCGCUAUGAGCAACUGGAAAACAGCAUGAAACAACUUUUCCUUAAGGCACAGAAAAUUGUACACAAGCUCUUUAGCCUAAGUAAGAGGUGCCAUAAACAGCCACUCAUCAGCUUGCCAAGACAGAGAUCGUCAAUCUACUGGCUAAACCGCAUCCAGUCCUUUCUGUACUGCAAUGAAAAUGGUCUUCUGGGAAGCUUUUCUGAAGAGACUCAUUCGUGCACCUGCCCUAAUGAUCAGGUAGCCUGCAAUGGGUUCCUUCCCUGCAUUGUGGGAGAUGGCUCUGCAUGCUUGACCUGUGCACCUGACAACCGCACCCGCUGUGGGAACUGUAAUACUGGAUACAUGCUGAGCCAAGGGCUUUGCAAGCCUGAAGUGGCAGACUCCACAGAGCACUACAUUGGGUUUGAGACAGAUCUUCAGGACCUGGAGAUGAAGUAUUUAUUGCAAAAAACAGACCGGAGGAUUGAAGUCCAUGCCAUUUUCAUCAGCAAUGACAUGCGCCUCAAUAGCUGGUUCGAUCCCUCCUGGCGCAAACGGAUGCUCCUUACCCUUAAGAGUAACAAGUACAAGUCUAGCUUGGUCCAUAUGAUACUGGGUAUCUCUCUUCAAAUUUGCCUAACAAAAAACAGCACCUUGGAACCUGUUCUAGCUGUUUAUGUCAACCCUUUUGGAGGCAGCCACUCUGAAAGCUGGUUCAUGCCUGUGAAUGAAAACAGUUUCCCAGACUGGGAGCGGACUAAGCUGGACUUACCUCUUCAGUGUUAUAACUGGACGCUGACUCUAGGCAACAAGUGGAAGACAUUUUUUGAAACAGUACAUAUCUACUUGAGGAGUCGAAUUAAGUCAAAUGGUCCCAAUGGCAAUGAAAGCAUCUACUACGAACCCCUGGAAUUUAUCGAUCCUUCACGUAACCUAGGCUACAUGAAAAUCAACAACAUCCAAGUGUUUGGCUACAGCAUGCACUUUGACCCUGAAGCAAUUCGGGACUUAAUUUUGCAGCUGGACUACCCCUAUACUCAGGGAUCACAGGACUCAGCACUUUUGCAGCUAUUAGAGAUACGGGACCGUGUAAAUAAACUCUCCCCGCCUGGCCAGCGUCGUCUAGACCUGUUCUCUUGCUUGCUACGUCAUAGACUCAAACUAUCUACCAGUGAGGUGGUGAGGAUUCAAUCCGCUUUGCAGGCCUUUAAUGCCAAAUUACCAAACACAGUGGAUUAUGACACAACCAAAUUAUGUAGUUAACCAUCAAUGUGAAGCACAAUACAAAACCUUGAAGGAGUUUUUACAGUGCUUUUGUGGAACAGUUUAUGUUUGGAAGAGUAAAUUUAAAUUGUCUUUUCAAUAUCUGUCUUAUAUCAGUCAAUACCAUUGGAUGGCAAUUUACACACAUGAACUUGCUGACAAUGAAUAUAUUAUACCUGCAGUUUUGGUUUAUGAAUGAAAUAAAUACUGACACCAGUCUAGAAGACAUUCUACUUUUUACAAUAAAUUUCAUUUGUAAUUUUAUAUGUUCCGUGGCAAUGCUUUUGUGCAUUACAUCCUCUAGAGGGAACAUAAAACGAUACCAAUAAAAUUUUGUAGCUGAACAGUUAUUAAAAA